AUGCGCAGGACUGGAGCCCUUGUCAGCACUGUGACCAGGAUGCUCAACAUGCUACAAAAUGAUGGAUUCUUGUCCCAAGUCGAGGAGAUCAGGACUGCGUUAGAAGUGGAUCAUAAUGUGCCUGAAGUCGUGACUCAUACUGGUGUCAUCGAGAUCUAUGGCAGGCAUGAUGAGGCCAAGCAUGCUCUCAAGGUGUUUUUGCGCAUGUUAUCCCUUGGAGUUUGCCCAAACGCAUACACUUACAGUGUUUUGAUUAAGGCACUCGCUAAAGACUCCCACUUUCUUGGUGACGCCAAGAAUUACUUACUGGAAAUGAUGGAUAAGGGAAUGCAGCCCAAUGCCAGGACAUACACCCCAGUGUUCAAGGCCUUUGCCCGGCUAGAGGAGGAUAAUAUGAAGAAGGGGAAGGAGUUUCUUAUGGAGAUGGAAGCUAUGGGGUUUAAGGCAAACAAGAAGGCUGUGAUGGAGGUUCUCAAGGACAGAAAAGGGCCUGUUAUUAAAACAGUCAUCAAAAUUCUCUUUGGCAAGUAG